GACAAUUUCUUAAAAGGGGGGUUUGAUAUGGGUUUCUAGUAUUAGUGUUUGACUGUGUGUGGGAGAAAGAAAUGGGAAUAAGGUUAGAUGGCUUAUUUGUCGAGGAUCGAUUUAGGGAGGGAUUAUUGGGCUAGUUUAGAUAGGUUUGGUGAGGUUUGGUAGAUUUUAGAUUUGAAUUGGCUGCAUACUUCUGUUCAUAUAUCUUUGCUAAUGAAGCGGCAUGAAUAUAUGAUGUCAGUUUAGCUAACAAGAAUUCGCAUUUUAGGUACUCUUGAAGGCCAGCAAUGAAUAAUGACACCACCCAGUUCUCAUUGAGUCCAGUAACCUGAUUGGUAAGAUCUUCAAAUUGUCCUUAAUAUUUGCUUCAACUCUUUGAGAGCGGCCUUGGGGUCAUAGUACUGGCGUUCAAACCUGACAAGUAAUGCAUCCAAAAAAGACUCCAAGUAUAUGCAAUGUUAUUAUUGACCCCCAACGAUAUCAGGCAUAAGCAGUUCCAGACAAAUAGAAGAAAAUCAUUCUCAGUCUCAUCUUCUCAGGUUGGUAGAAUUGCUGCUGAUGUCGAGGAUGUGAAGAGACUUCAUCACAUACUGAUGUUACCUGCUUCAGUUUUAGUGCUUCAUACAGCAUGCUUCGGAUUUCUCUCAUUGAGUCCUCCAAUCCGCCCAUACGCGAUAUCGUCAUGGAGAUGUGACUUCAACCUCCAGGUGAUUCCAUUGCCGAGCGGCAAUUUCUUGCUGACAGAGUUCAUCGGAAGUCAUGCUUCCUCUCAACGAGAGCACCAAAUGAUAGAGGAUAGUGCAGAAUAAUAUGAGAAUGUAAUAAUUAAGUUGUAGAGAAAAG